AUGACCGCUAUCGACAACGCGGCAAAGGCGACGGUGGCACCGGUCGUGCGCCGUCUCCUUGUCGGCCUUGGAAAUCCAGGCGAGAAAUUCAAGCUGACGAGGCACAACGUGGGCAAGAUGGCGGCGAUGCAUUUUCUACAGCAGCACACGACUGAUCCAUGGACCGAUGUGAAAGCUGUGCAUGGCGAAGUCGUCCAAGUGCAGCUGGCGUUUGCAAACGCGAAGGAUGAUGACUUGAUUGAUCUGAUAUCGGAGCGUCGCAAGAAACGCACGCUGGAUGAGGGCGUCCCCUACCCAGUUGUCGACAUCCAUGGGCUCCUGCCAUCAACGUACAUGAAUCGUUCGGGUAUGUCCGUGCGAAGUUACAUGGAUCUACAUCGAUUCCGCCUCAAAAACAAUGCACUCGGGAUGAACAAGCACGACGAGCUCCUCGUUGUCACAGACGACAUCUCGCUCCCGUUUGGCACGUGUCGCUUCAAGGCCAAGGGCGGCCACGGUGGUCAAAAUGGCGUGCGCGAUAUCAUCAAGUGCAUCGCGUCGGAGAAGUUUGCACGUCUCAAGAUCGGCGUCGGCUGUCCUUCGUGGUUUCAAAACUCCAGCAACAACGGCAACCCUCCGCCGGGUCUUCAGCUCGAUCAGUACGUGCUCGGUCGAUUCCAGCCCCAUGAGCUAGACGACAUGGCCAAAUUGAUGGCGUACUGCUCCGCGCUCCUCCGCGUAUAUAUGCAUCGCGGACUGAACGAAGCCACGAUGGUCGCGAACUCGGGCAACAUGACAUCGCAUCAUGCGGCGGUCGGUCCUCGAAAAAAGCCCAAGCGACCGUCCACAGGAGCCACGCACACGUCGGAUUAA